CGGAGAAGAAAAGAUCCAAAACCGUCUCCUCUCAGUCUCUCUCUCCAUUCCAACUACUCCACGCUCUCUUAAAUCUCUAGGGUUUCGAUUCAGUUAGGGUUUUCCGAAAAAGAGAAUACGACAUGUCGCUCAGGCCGAACGCCAGGACCGAGGUCCGCCGGAACAGGUACAAGGUGGCGGUAGACGCCGAGGAGGGCCGUCGCCGGAGGGAGGACAACAUGGUCGAGAUCCGUAAGAGCAAGAGGGAGGAGAGCUUGUUAAAGAAGCGCCGCGAAGGUCUUCAGGCGCAGCAAUUCCCGGCCUCCGUUCAGCCGCAGAAUCUCGAGAAGAAGUUGGAGACUCUACCGGCGAUGGUGGCCGGAGUUUGGUCCAACGAGAGCGCUCUGCAGCUGGAAGCUACUACGCAGUUUCGGAAGCUACUUUCUAUUGAACGGAGCCCUCCGAUUGAGGAAGUGAUUGAAGCUGGCGUUGUUCCGCGAUUCGUUGAGUUCCUUAGCAGGGAGGAUUAUCCACAGCUUCAGUUUGAGGCUGCUUGGGCUUUGACAAACAUUGCGUCAGGAACGUCGGACAACACCAAGGUGGUGAUUGAUCACGGGGCAGUACCAAUAUUCGUGAGGCUUCUUGCUUCUCCGAGUGAUGAUGUUAGGGAGCAGGCUGUUUGGGCAUUGGGAAACGUGGCUGGUGAUUCUCCUAGAUGUCGUGAUCUAGUUCUCAGCAGUGGAGCCCUGAUGCCGUUGCUGGCUCAGUUGAAUGAGCAUGCAAAGCUUUCAAUGCUAAGGAAUGCCACCUGGACACUGUCGAACUUUUGCAGAGGAAAGCCACAGCCUCAGUUUGAUCAGGUGAAGCCUGCUCUUCCAGCUCUUGAGCGGUUAGUUCAUUCUAAUGAUGAAGAAGUCCUGACAGAUGCCUGCUGGGCACUCUCAUAUCUCUCCGAUGGUACAAAUGACAAAAUUCAAGCUGUGAUUGAAGCAGGUGUCUGCCCGCGACUCGUGCAGCUUCUAUUACAUCCAUCACCUGCGGUUUUAAUUCCUGCACUUCGCACUGUUGGUAAUAUUGUGACUGGAGAUGAUCUUCAGACUCAGUGUAUAAUCACCAAUGGGGCACUUCCCUGCCUUCUGAGCCUCUUGACACAUAAUCAUAAAAAGAGCAUUAAGAAAGAAGCUUGCUGGACUAUCUCAAACAUUACAGCUGGAAACAGGGAACAGAUACAGUACGUGAUUGAAGCUGGUUUGAUUGGUCCUCUUGUGAAUUUGCUCCAAACUGCUGAGUUUGAGAUCAAGAAAGAGGCUGCGUGGGCAAUCUCAAAUGCUACUUCUGGUGGCACUCAUGACCAAAUUAAGGUCUUGGUGAAUGAAGGCUGUAUAAAACCAUUGAGUGAUCUCCUUGUAUGCCCUGAUCCAAGAAUAGUGACUGUUUGCUUAGAAGGGUUGGAGAACAUUUUGAAGGUGGGUGAAGCUGAAAAGAGUUUGGGCAACAGUGGCACCAACGUGUACGCACAGUUGAUUGAUGAGGCUGAUGGUCUGGAAAAGAUUGAAAAUCUGCAGACUCACGACAACAACGAGAUCUAUGAGAAGGCUGUUAAAAUUCUCGAGACAUAUUGGUUGGAGGAUGAAGAUGAGACAUUACCAGCUGGGGAUAGUACUCAGCCAGGCUACAACUUUGGUGGGAAUGGGCCUCAAGUUCCAGCUGGUGGAUUCAAUUUUAGCUGAAGGUGCAGGAACUUUCAAUUUGAUGGGGGAGCAGAAGUUUCCUGAUAUGGGUUAAGUUGGGUCAAGUCCAGGUCGAGUUGGGGUGGUCGGGGCAUCUCUUGUGUCUGGUUUCAGUUGGUCUGGUGUCCAUUGUGGUCAGAGGCGCCAAGGUGGGUCGGUCUGUUUACUCUAAUACGAGUCUAUGACCAAAUAAGAAGGGAUGGGGGUCGGUUUGAUUAUGGCAUGACGUUUGGUGGGCAGGGGUGAUUAUCACUGCAUCCCAACGUGAAAUACUAUGGAAGUGUCGGUAGUGGCUCAUUGUUGCAUAUACAUGGUCCCUUAACGAAUAUGCUAGUGAAGGGUGGUUUCUCAAAUGCAGCAUCGAGUUCAAUCUUUUCAUCAUGUGUCAUAGUCUGUACUGUGUUUUUUUUUUUCCAGAGUCGUGAUUUGUUUUGCCUCAUUGAGUGAAUAUAGAUUUGUUAAACUCAGUUUCCGGUGUAUUGCAAGGGGAAAGGUUUAGCUGUA